AUGACCAUGGCGUCACUGUCAUGUACAUUUGACCUAUUAGAACACAUCAAGACCAGCAAACCCAAUAAGAGGAAAAAUAGCAUCGAUAUACACGGUUAUCUGGCGGACAAUGCCCUCUGUCCCCUCCUCACACUAAAAGAGUACCUUAAGAGGACAGCACCUUUGAGGGGCACCGAGAGGAAACUAUUUGUCAGCUUCUAGUUUCUAGGGACACUAUUUCUAGAUGGGCUAAACUCGGACUGGAAUCAGCAGGAAUUGAUACAAGUCAAUUCACUGCUCAUAGCAUCAGGGCAGCUACUUCAUCCAAAGCAAGGGAGAGAG